AAUAUAAGUACUCAUACGUUAUUAGUGCAUUUUGCGCAUUGUAUGCUUGAUAUAGAUGUGCAAGUAGUUCAUAAUUACAAGCAACUACCUGCAAAUAUGGUGCACAUCGAGCACAACCAGAUUAGCCUUUUCCUUCUAAUUCUGUCGUGCUUUUUAAACCAUGCAUUAUGCGCACACUCCAUUUCAUCACAAAACCAAAACAUAAACAUAAAUAAUGAUAUAUUAAUAGGCGUGGGAAUCAUUCUAGAUAUGGAGUCACCAAUGGGGAAGGCCAUUCACAGUUGCAUUACCAUGGCGAUAUCUGAUUUUUAUGCUCUUCGUCACAGCUAUAAAACAAGGAUAGUUAUUCACACUAGGGACUCCGAGGGAGACCCAGAUAAAGCUCUUUCAGCUGUAUAUAAUCUGCUGAAAAAAGCGAAGGUGCAAGCUAUCAUAGGCCCAGAAACGCAUCUUCAGUCAAAGUUAUUGUCCCUGUCUGCUAAUAAAGCUAAAGUUCCUAUAUUUUCUUUUGCUAGUCCAUCCUCAAGGGAACACCCAUACUUGUUCCAAAUCAAACAAGACGAAUCCAGUAUGGCCAAAAGCAUUGCUGCUCUGGUGAAAUCAUAUAAUUGGAUGGAUGUUAUCUUUGUUCAUGAGGACACGGAUGAUGGCAUGGAGAUCUUAAGGUAUCUGGCCGAGUCAUUCCAAGAUAAAAACAUCCGUAUCAGUUACAGAUGUACCAUUUCUGCCUCAGCCACGCAUGAUGAAAUCACCAAAGAGUUACGUAAGAUCAAGACUUUUCACACAACUGUAAUUAUCCUACAUGUGUCACCUUCACUAGCAUCUAGCCUUAUCAUAAAUGCAAAAAUGUUAGGAAUGGUUAGUGAAGGAUAUGCAUGGAUUUUAACUGAAAAAACAGUUGACCUCUUGCGAUCAACGAACUUUACUGUCAUUGAGUCAUCACAAGGGGCACUAGGUUUUAGGUCGUAUGUUCCACAAUCAGACAGGCUUCACGAUUUCUUUCACAGAAAGAACUCCACCUCAGUAACAAAAGAAGUGCCUGUGCCUGCCUUAUGGGCAUACGAUAUAAUUUGGGCACUUGCCGAGUCUGUAGAGAAGGUUGGAGUCCCACAUAACGGUUCUAUGCUCUUACAUGAAGCUUUAAAAAUCAGAUUUAAGGGCAUAAGUGGUGAUUUUCAACUUAGUGAAGGAAAAGUAAUAUCCAAUGGAUAUGAGAUUAUGAAUGCGGUCGACAAUGGUGAGAGGAGAGUAGGAUAUUGGACGCAUUCACAAGGAAUCAGGAGAGCACGCCCACAUAUUAAGAGCGACCGUUUGUAUCCUAGUCUAGGUUCUGAAGCUGUUGUCUGGCCCGGAGGGUCUACAACUGCUCCAAAAGGUUGGGUCUUUCGUGCAACUUCCAGUAAAAGGUUAAAAAUCGGUGUUCUGAAGAUAAAAAACUUUAAGUACUUCAUGGAUGUAGAUCAUAACGUUGAGACCAAUGUUACAACUGCCACUGGAUUCUCCGUAGAUGUAUUUAAUACUUGCAUUCGUGCAUUACCAUAUGAAGUUCCAUACACAUUCAUUUCAUUUGAUAAUGGCACUUACGACGAUCUUGUACAGAAGGUGUACAAUGAGGAAAUUGAUGCAGUCGUGGGUGAUUCAACAAUCUUGGCCAACAGAUCUGAGUUUGUUGACUUUACAGCAACUUAUACCGACUUGGGUGUAGGAACACUAGCCAGAAUCAAGAAGAAAGACAUAUGGUUCUGCUUGAAGCCGCUGAUGAACAUUCGUAUAUGGCUAACUGCUAUUGGUUGUGUUAUCCUCAAUGCCUUUAUUGUUUGGGGUAUUGAACGUAUGGAUCCAGAUUCCGAAGUUUCACGUGGAAUCGUAUCCUGGGCGUCCUUCCUAUUGAUCAUCUUGUUUGCUCAAAAAGAGAAGUUGUCGAGGAAUCCAUCAAAAAUUGUAAUGUUCGUUUGGUUCAUCGUGGUGUUUGUCUUGUUCACGGGCUACACUGCAGUUUUUACUUCAUUGUUGACAGUAGAGCAAUUUGAAUCGGCAUCAAAGGGAGGACUUGUGGGGUUUCAUGGAGGCGAUUUUAUGAAAGGAGUGACAGUCAACAAUCUGCACUUCGAAAAUUGGAAGCACAGUCCAUUCUACUCAUACGAGGCUUAUGCUCAUGCUUUAUCAAAAGAUGGUGAUGCUGAUGCCAUUGUUGAUGAAAUUCCGUACAUCAAGAUGUUUCUUAGCAGGUACUCUGGUGAUUAUGGCUUGGUCUCCUAUCGACCUAUCACUGCUGGUUUUGCCUUUUGUAAGUACCCCUUCCUCUUCAUGCUCAGUUUCCCCCAUUAUCAUCGAUUGCAUGAAGUUCCAUUUUUUAGCUUUAUAGCAAAGAGUGUUCAAGAUAUAUUCCAAAAAGGUUCGCCGCUUGCUGAAGACGUGUCAAGAGAAAUCGCCAGGAUAAGAUUAGACGGAACUCUAGAAAGUUUGGAGAACAAGUGGUAUGAAAACCGUUUAUCUCUUCCAUCCAGAAAUUCUACAAUACCCCACGCCUUGACACUUGAUAAAUUUGGUGGUCUUUUUAUUAUUAGUGCGGGCACUUCUACUAUGAUCUUUAUAUUCUCUUUAUGUUACCUAAUUCGUACUAGAUUCGUGAUUUGA